CGAAGGAGGUACACGAAUUUCGACACAACAGUAUGUGAGCAAAUGUAUGUCAAUAUACAAACCGAAACUGGUACAAUAUGGAAUACAGUACUCCAUUACAGUGAUGCAUUGGAAAUAAUAAAGCAACGAUACAGAAAUAGGCCUAUAUCGUGCAAUGAAGAAAAUUGGUGAUACAUUUCUGAUUGAUUUUCAAUAUUUACCAGAAAUUUUAGAAAGUAUCAUUUGGCACCUGGAUGCUAGAAGUGUUUUGAGAGCAAAACAGGUAUCUUGUAGUUGGAAAGAAACAAUUGAACACCUUGAGCAGUAUAAUCAUUUAUGGCGACAUAUAUGUUUACGCGACAUCCACAGGGCCUCCCUGAUCGACUGCAUAGGCUUUAACCCCUUGUCGGAUGAUUAUCAGCAGAAGUAUUCUGGUGGAGAUGACGCAGAUUUUGAAGAUUUGUGGAAGAACGUCUAUAGGAGCUGGAGGACAGGCCAAACCUUGAGUACUUUUAAACAAAUAUCCUACCGUAUUUCUGGUUUUAAGUUUCGUUAUCUAUACAGAAUUGUGCAAAUCGGAACGUAUGUGUAUAUACUUACAAGUGAGCUCGUGUUAUCUGUAUGGAAUAUCGAUACCGGUCACCGAGCCGUAUAUUCCCAACAACUAAAAGGCAUAAGAUAUCCCUAUGCAUCAAGGCCGAUUUUUCCAUACUUGCAGUAUCCACUCUGCAAGUUUUCCAAGCAUCAAGAUUUGACGCAGCAUUCCCUCAUAACACCGAACUAUUUUGGGGAUCCUAUCCGGUGGUGGGUUUUUUCUGAUGGGGAGUUUCGUGUGACAAAGGUAUUAUAUGUGGGAUAUGAAAAUGUUAUGAGAGUCUGGCACAACCUGUUAGUAAUCGCAAGUAAAGAUUGUAUAAAAGUUUAUAUUCUUGAAAGCAAGGGAAAAGAAUACAACUUUCGUUUAAGUAUGUCUAAAGAGUUACCAAAGAAUUUGCUACUGAAGUCAAUCCAUGUUUGGGACAAAAAAUGUUUGUUUGAACAGCAAAAAGACCCGUACCCAGGACAUUUAUCAAUUGUGAUUUAUGAUUUGGAUGACCUUCAAUCUCAAGUGUUUCAAGUGUCACAUGGACCAAAAGAAAUGCUGGGAACUAAUGUGAAACCCUUUAUGGAAGCUCCACGGAUAUUUGGUGAUUGCGUGUUAUUCAGAGUUAGUGGAGGUAAUAAAAAAAAAGGUCCAACGACAAACUAA